AUGGAUCAGGAUACCCUAGUUGGAAGGAAGAUUGUGAGAAGUUUCAAAGGACUUCCUUUGGAGAUUACUGUUAUUGGGGGACGACUUGUAGAUACCGACAUGAGGAAAGAGUCUUGGGAGCCUAUUGCUGAAAAUGUGAGUUCAUUUGGUAAUGCAAGUGAGAGCGAGCAUUGUUCAAAGAUCUUACUUUUGAGCUAUAAUAAUUUGCCUUUGUAUCUUAAGCCAUGCUUCCUCUAUAUGAGAGUUUUCUGUGAAGAUGCUGAAAUUGAUGUCUACAAGUUAGUGAGAUUGUGGGUUGACGAGGGUUUCAUUAAAGCAAGUGAAACAGAAAGCUUGGAAGAGGUUGCCAAAGGGUACUUGGAAGAUCUUGUUGAUAGAAAUCUAAUCAUUGCUCAUGAAAAGGAUAUUUUGAGGGAGAGAAUACUAACUUGUGGCAUUCACAACCUUUUGCGAGACCUAUGCUUGACAGAAUCUUACAAAGGGCAUUUUAUGUGCUCUCCAAGAGUACAAGUAGUAGUGAAGGGGGGAAGUGUGUGUUUUCUAUGUGGAAGUUGUGUCAAAGGCAAAGAAACCAUAAAUAUUCCGAUACCUGCAUCACUUUUUCCUCCAGGUUCUCAAGGGAAUCUUCUUUCUUGUGGUGUCUGUGCUGUGAUUUAUUCGCAUAUUAAGCGACUAAGAAUGGUCAUGGUCCUGUAUUCAUUUCUGCAACACACUAAAUUACGCAGUGUGAAUGUUGAAGUGUAUAGGCUUCCGAAAUUUGUGUCUCCUCCAAAUGUACAUUGGCUAUGGAACCUUCAAACGUUGUCAUUUUGGCACUCAAGUGAUUCAAGUGUCGUAUAUUUACCAUCUGAAAUCUGGGAUAUGCCGCAACUUAGAGUUAUUGAAGCCAAACGUGUGGUGUUUCCUAACCCUCCAACUUCUCAUGUUGAAGAGAAGCAUAUCUUUGUCCUGAAAAGCCUGCAUACCCUUACUACUGUUUUGAAUUUUGAGCUUACAGAUGCAAUUCUUGGUGGUAUCCCUAACAUGAGGCAAUUAGGAAUAAAGUAUAAUGAGUUUAUGAAAGGGUCGAAUGCUUCUCUUGGUAAUCUUGUCGGAUUGCAGAAACUCGAAUCACUAUAUGUCAAAGAAGGGUCCGAAUGGGAUCCCACAGAAGGGGAGUUUCUUCGAUUAAAAGUAUUGAUCAUAGUGGAUUGUGAUCUAGUGCAGUGGAGAGCUGAUCAAAGCCACUACCCUAAACUCGAGUAUCUUGAACUUAAGAACUUAAGUUCAUUGGAGGAAAUUCCUUGUAAUAUUGGAGAUAUACCAACGUUGCAUACAAUUCAUCUGAAAGAGUGUUGCAAGUCUGUUAUGGAUUCGGCAUACAAACUAUGGGAGGAACAAGAAAGCUUGGGAAAUGAUAGCUUAAAGGUUCUGGUUCAGGAGGGUGUAGUAGAUUUUUCAAUCUGUGAAUUCAUGGCACUACCCCACCAAAGACGAUGGCAGUAG